AUGCUCGCCGGCCACACGUCCCCAACGACUUUUGUGCAGAAGCAGAAUUCCAUUCUUGAUCAACGGCUCCAAGGAAGAAUUCAACAACAACAACAACAACAACAACAACAACAACAAUGA